AUGCCUGGCCUCCAUCUGGUUGGUGAGGACCUUGGUGCGGGUCUUCUUGGCCUUGGCCUUGUGGAUAAACUCCAUCAAGACACGCUUGUUCUUGAAGACGUUACCCUUGGACUUUUGCAAUCCGAUGAAGAGUCUGAUGACAAGCCAACUCCGGUUGUCAAACCCCUUGGCGCAAAACAAAGGGUCAAGAAUGCACUAGCGGUGCCAAACCACGCCCACAAGAAGGCUUGCACCCAACCAAUUGAAAGCUCUGAGGACGAGAGCAUCAAUGACCCCAAGCCUUCGUGCUCAAAGUCAAAGGGGAAGGGAGUGGCUCGCAAGCGGGUGCGCCAGGUAGCCGAAGAUCUCGGCAACGAUGGGGAACCAGCUCCAGACCUUGAACGUCCGGUGACAAAGCAGAAAGCUAAGGAGGCCCAAAAGAGCAAGGCGCAGAAACAACUCGUCGAGGAUGACAGCGAAUCCAACCCAGCCCCGGCCAAAUUGCGAGGAAAUAAACACAUACAGGAAAUUUACCCACCUGUCAGCUCAACGCUUGUCUCCAGUACACCCCCUUGUCCUGCCAAAAUUGAAGAACCCGCAAGCGCAGAGGAAGAAGCUACGCAGGAAUAUCCAUCACCUCUUGCACCCAGUACCCCGACUCCAGCUGUGGUCCCACGUCUUGGUUUGGACAGCCCUGAAGCCGGGACCCGCGAACAUUGCACUGGACCCAACAGCGACAAGGACACCCCGGUGCUUAAGCCCGCCCAGAAGAGAGCUCAGCCCAGCGCCUUACCAGCGCCUUCUCCCCCUGCCAUCACCUACGACGAAUCAGUUGAUGCAGGGAAGAAGCGCAAGACUCCACCCGACGAGCCUACCGCCGCCCAGGCCAAGCGCAAGGGCGCGAACACUCAAAAAGAACAGCCAGCUAAGAAGGCCGCUGAGUCUCAGGCAGCGCCGAAGGGUAAAUGGGGGCGAAAGGCAAAACAAGAGUUGAUCGAUGCUACAGACGCAUUGCUCGGGGAUCCAACCCCACCCGCUCCCGGAAGAAAGACCCGACAAGUUACCAGAGCCAACAAGCGCUGA